AAGGCGGUGCCAGCGGACCAGGCGCGCGCACGUGGUCCGCUUGGGAUGCGGAGCUCCCGAUUUGGGGGUCCACCCGGGACAAAAUUUUGAGAGCCUGGGUCUUUCAGUAGGGGCCCCCAGGGCCGAAUCUCGCGCCGGGCUCUCUGACCCCAUCCUUCAGAUAGGCCUCGCCCUGAGGUCUGAGCAGUGGUACCGCGCGUGACGCGCCUUUUCCACUCCUGGCUCCUUUGAUGAGCCUGCCCACGGCCACGACCCGGGAGGACCUGGGCUGAGCAGCCCCGUGCUACAGAUGGCGCGGGGAGCCGGCGGGGCGUGGGAAACCAGCAACACCCUGGAUGUGUUUUUCGUGUGUGCCACUUUCCAGACAUUGAUAUGUGGCAGAGAGGCGUUUUAUAUCCUUUUAAAUGAACAACUAACACUAGAAGAAGAAAAAAUGUCUCUAAAGCAGAUGAAGGAAGCUUUUGUCAGUAACCACAAUGGAACCAGCGUGCUAGAAGUUACUCAGGGCUUGUGCUUGCCCGUGCUCUGCAUUCUGUGCAGAGGGCUCCUGAUCAUUCUCUCACAGCUCUCGCAUUCUUCACAUACCUGGAGCGCUCGGUUCUUCACUGACUUCCUUUUCCUCAUAGUUCCCCUGGUGACCACUCUGACCAUUUUGUCUUCAUUUAUCUACCUUGAGCACCUCACUGUAAUUAUCUUUGGGGCAGGGCUAUUCUACCAAAUAUACUGCCGGAGAACUUGUUAUGCCAGAAUGCCUGUCCAGAAAAUCCUUGAAAAGUUCUUAAAAAUUAGUCUAGAAUCAGAAUACAUUCCAGCCAUCUCCUGCUUCCGUGUAAUUAACAGUGCAUUUACUGCUGUUGCCAUUUUGGCUGUGGACUUCCCUCUUUUUCCCAGAAGAUUUGCCAAAGCUGAGCUCUAUGGCACAGGAGCGAUGGAUUUUGGUGUAGGAGGCUUUGUUUUUGGGACUGCAAUGGUUUGUCCAGAGAUUAGGAAAAAAUGUAUGGAAGGGUUCAAAUUUUAUUAUUUUACAAAGUCAUUGUACUCUAUUUGGCCGUUGGUCUUCCUAGGAGUGGGACGGUUAAUCAUGAUAAAAUCCAUAGACUACCAGGAACAUUUAACAGAGUAUGGAGUUCACUGGAACUUUUUCUUUACCUUAAUAGUUGUGAAAUUGAUAACAUCACUGCUUUUGACUUUCUUCCCCCCAAAUAAAUCUUGGGUUGUGGCUGUCAGUGUUACUGUAUUAUACCAGCUAGCCCUCAACUUAACCCCACUGAAAAGGGUAAUUUUGUAUGGCACUGAUGGCAGAGGCACAAGGGCUGGUUUCUUCAAUGCCAACCGGGAAGGAAUAAUGUCUACCUUGGGGUACGUGGCAAUACACAUGGCUGGUGUGCAAACAGGGUCAUAUGUGCUUAAAAAAAGGUCACACAUCAAAGACUGGAUAAAAGUAGCAUGUUGUAUUCUACUGACAGCUGUUGGCCUCUUUGUAUCUCUUUACAUAGUUCAGGUAAAUGUAGAAAAAGUAUCUCGAAGAAUGGCCAAUUUAGCCUUUUGUAUUUGGAUAGUUGCUUCUAGCCUAAUCCUUCUUAGUAGUUUAUUACUGGGUGAUAUAAUUUUGAGUUUUGCCAAAUUUCUAAUUCAAGGGUCUGUAGUACCAUGUUCUUGGAAACUUAUCCAGUCUCCAGUUACAAAUAAAAAGCAUUUAGAAACUCUAGUCUCUGAAGCCGAAAGAAAGAAACCCAGUCUUUGUUUAAUCACAGCUAUAAACAGAAACCAAUUGAUUUUUUUCUUGCUGUCAAAUAUAACAACUGGCCUGACCAACCUGUUGGUAGACACACUGCACAGCAGUACCUUGUGGGGCUUAUUUGUGCUCUGCCUUUACAUGUUUACCAACUGUUUAAUUAUAUAUAUGCUACACUUGCAAGAUAAGACUAUAAAAUUUUGGUGAUCAAAAGGCAGUGGAUGUGUUUGAGCUAUUAAUGAGGAAGACUAAAUAUUAAAUGUGAAGAAAAGGGGUUUUUGGUAAUCCAGUGUUAACUAUAUUUCAUUAAACUGUUUCGAUCCUCUAUAAUAAUAAUGAGGCUUAAUAUAUCGGCAGUAUGUAAAACAAGCUAAUAGAGAAGAAACAAAGUAUUGUGUCUUGUUAGAAUGUUAAAUUUCAGUGUUAUAAAAGAAUUGUGUUUGCAGUUGUGACACUGGAAGAUUGGAGGGUAGGAGAAAGGUUUUUUUACUCUACCUGAUACCAUUCUAUGUUUUUUAUUGUAUGUAUUUUAUAAUAUUUAUAUUAAAACUGAAUUGUGGAAAUGUCAACAAUUCUUUACUGCUCAAUUUUAAUCUUUUAAAAAAGCCUGAGUAUGAGAAAGCAAAUGUUUAAAAUCAAAUACACAUAUACUAUCAAAGUUAGGAAACAGUAAAAUGCUUCAAAGAGUGGACAGAAUUAUGUGAUGCAGUUAACAUGGUUAACUUGGGACUAAUUCAUUUUUUUUCUUUUUAGCUUACUAAAUACUAAAGCUCCUGGUAUCUUGAAGCUUGCAAUCUUGUGGGAGAAACACAUUAAACAACUUGUUGUCAUGAAAUACAGGUUGUCAAGUGGCAAAUCAAGAACUGAACUGGCAGAGUCAAGAAUAUUUUCCCCAGGGACAGUGUUUAUUUUGAGCCACAGCUGAUGGGUAGGAUGAAUGGCUGUUUGUGUGUCUAGCGUGUGGGGGGCCAAGUGCUGGUAAGAGGAGGGGUAAGGAACAGUGAUCUAGGAGUAUGAAUCCCUCAGCAAAGGUCCUGAGUUAGGAGGGCACCUCGCACAUGGUGGAAAUUAAAGAAGGCAUGAGCUCAGAAAAGGAGUAAUGAGCUACGGAGGCAGGCAUGCCUUAUCUACAUGUUAAGGGGGAAAAAAACAGUGAGAAAAUCAUCAAGUACCUAGCGUAACAACGAAACUAUAGCUGUAUAGGCCCUGGCCUGGUAACUCCAUUGGUUGAAGCAUUGUCCUGGUACACUGAGGUUGUGGGUUCAAUCCCUGGUCAGGGCACGUAGAAGAAUCAACUGAUGAAUGCAUAAAUAAGUGAAACAACCAAUCGAUGUUUCUCUCCCCUCCCUCUAUCUCUGCAAAAUCAAUAAAGUAAAAAAUUCUUUUAAAAACCAUAGCUAUAGGAAGUUAUAAUAUCCUACAGAGCUCGAGUCUUUUAAAAACUCUUGAGCAGAACUUUGAAGCUGCUGUUUGAAAUCUAAGAUUUAAAAAACAAAUUAGCCCUAGUUGGUGUAGCUCAGUGGAUUGAGUGUGGGCCUGCGAAACAAAGGAUCAUGGUUCGAUUCCCAGUCAGGGCACAUGCCUGGGUUGCAGGCCAGUUCCCAGCAGGGAAUACAUGAGAAGCAACCAUACAUUAAUAUUUCUCUCCCUCUCUCCUCCCCUUCUCUAAAAAUAAAUAAGAAAUCUUUUUAAAAAAAAGCAAUGAACAAAAAAAUCCCCACAAAUUAAAAUAAAUAUUGAUUGAUUUUAGGGAGAGAGAAACAUCGAUGUGGGUUCCAUGUAGUAAUGCAUUCACUAGUUCCUGCUGCCAUGACCAGGGGUCAGACUGGCAACCUUGGGGUAUUGGGAUGAUGCUCAAACAAACUGAGCUACCUGGCCAGGGCUAAACAAAAAUUUCCGUUUCUAAUUCUACUGUUCCUUGUAUAUUGUUUCAAGUGGGUGAAAAAGUCAAACGAUGCUGUAUACCUGAAACUAAUACAAAAUAAUACUAAAUGUAAACUAAUUGAAAAAAUUAAAAAGAAAACAAAAAAAUUAAAAUCUGCUUUUCUAUAGUGCAUU